ACACACAGCGCGGGCGCGGUUUCACCGGUCCACGGCAGCGGUCUCUACGCACACCCGGGGCAGUAGCAUCUACGCGCACACCCACCGAUGCGCGUCCAGUGACCCGGACAGCGAGGCCCGCGCGUGGCGGGGGCGGCGGUAGACGCCUGGCCACCGUGACCCCGAUUGUGGAUUUACCGCUCGGGGGGUGGGGGGAGCCUGGAUUUAACUGGAGAUUGUUUUGGGGGACGCCGGACGCCAUGUUGUGGAAGAUAACCGACAAUGUCAAGUACGAAGAGGAUUGUGAGGAUCGCCACGACGCGAGCAGCAAUGGGAACCCGCGCAUCCCCCACCUCUCCUCUGCGGGACAACAUCUCUACAGCCCCGCUCCGCCUCUCUCGCACACCGGGGUUGCCGAAUACCAGCCGCCGCCCUACUUCCCACCGCCCUACCAGCAGCUGGCUUACUCUCAGUCAGCCGACCCUUACUCACAUUUGGGUGAAGCUUACGCAGCCAUCAACCCCCUGCACCAGCCUGCGCCCACCGGCAGCCAGCAGCAGGCCUGGCCGGGCCGCCAGAGCCAGGAGGGAGCUGGCCUGGCCGCGCACCACGGACGCCCGGCCGGUCUGCUUCCCCACCUUUCGGGGCUGGAGGGGGGCACCGUGAGCGCGCGCCGGGACGCUUACCGCCGCUCCGACCUGCUGCUGCCCCACGCGCACGCCCUGGACGCCGCAGGCCUGGCGGAGAACCUGGGUCUCCACGACAUGGCACAUCCCAUAGAGGAGGCUCAGAAUGUGGACGACCAGCACCUGCUCCUGCAUGAUCAGACUGUCAUUCGCAAAGGACCCAUUUCUAUGACCAAGAAUCCCUUGAGCCUCCCCUGUCAGAAGGAUCUGGUAGGAGCCGUGAUGAACCCCAGCGAGGUCUUCUGUUCUGUCCCAGGAAGAUUGUCCCUGCUCAGUUCCACAUCUAAAUACAAAGUGACUGUGGCAGAGGUGCAAAGGCGACUGUCACCACCCGAGUGCUUGAAUGCCUCACUCCUGGGGGGCGUCCUCCGAAGAGCAAAAUCCAAAAAUGGAGGCCGGUCUUUGCGAGAGAAAUUGGAUAAGAUCGGGUUGAACCUUCCUGCCGGGAGGCGGAAAGCUGCCCACGUCACCCUGCUCACAUCCCUCGUGGAAGGCGAAGCCGUCCACUUGGCAAGGGACUUUGCUUAUGUCUGUGAAGCCGAGUUUCCCAGUAAAGCAGUGGCCGAGUAUUUAAGCAGACCUCAUCUCGGCGGACGCAAUGAGAUGGCCACCAGGAAAAGCAUGCUGUUGGCGGCACAGCAAGUGUGUAAAGAAUUCACGGACCUCCUCCAGCAAGACCGCACACCCAACGGGAACAGCAGGCCCACCCCAGUCUUGGAGACAAACAUCCAGAACUGCCUGUCUCAUUUCAGCCUGAUAACCCACGGCUUCGGUAGCCAGGCUAUCUGUGCAGCCAUAUCCGCCGUGCAGAACUACAUCAAAGAAGCGCUCAUUACCAUAGACAAGUCCUAUAUGAACCCCGGAGACCAGAGUCCGGCUGAUUCCAACAAGACGCUGGAGAAAAUGGAAAAACACCGGAAGUGAAGUGGGGUAGACAGAGGCCAGAGAGUCGGAAGGGAAAGGACCGAAAUGCGCCUCCAUGGGAGCAGGCUGGGAAGCUUCCAGCCCCGGGGGAAGCCCUUGGCCGUUCACCUCACUUGGGACCUGCCCUCCUUGAGAUUUCUCUAGUCCCGAAGCGUCUAACCUUGGACGUAUCACCCCCAGGUGACAAGUACUGGUUUGGUUUGGUUUUUUAACUCAUUUUUUGGAACCCCUUCCCUCUGCAAGUGGUGCUAUACAUUCUCGAAUCUCUGUGAAAACACCCCAGGCCACUCACAUACUUAAGCUGGAUGUGAUUUCAGAUCAACACAUUAAUCAAAUCUUUUUUUCCUAGUGGUAAGAUAACGGCUGGUUUUUAUGUCCACUAAAAUAUCUUUAAAAAUUAUAGAAUUUAUCUAGCUUUUAAAAAAAAAAUUUUUUUCCCAGCAAUCAUGCCUUCUGGUUGGCAGAGGCUGGAUAUGUCUAUUAGCAGCUACAUGUAUAGUGGUACCUGACUACCAACCCCACGUUCAAAGGGGGCCUUCUGAUUUUAGGAAAUUUAAAAAACAAAGCCUGCUGAUUUGUUUAACUUUUCUUUUCCUUUUGUUCAUUGAAAAAUUUUGAAUUCUAUAAAUAGAGUUUUGAAAUGAUAUGUUCCUUUAAGGUACUGAAGCUUUAUUUUGCAUAUUUAUUUCAGAUCUUGAUUUUUUUUUUUUCUCUCCAGUAAACUUGAAGAGGGUAGGUACACAGCAACCCUGUUGCCUGUCAUCCCCCAAGUCCCCACGGAGGAGCUGUAUUUUGAGAAACUGUUGAGUGUACAGAUUUUAUUUAUACAUAAUUUAAUGGGGUUGUAUAUACUGGUACACUUCUUACAGCUUUUUGAGAAAUGGGAUUUGAUUUUAAUAAUGACUUUUAAUGGUGGUGGGGUAACCUAUAACAUCUCUAGAUUUUUUUCAAAUGCACACAGGGUAUUAAGAUUUAAGAUGAGCCGGGUGUAGUGGCACACGCCUUUAGUCCCAGCACUCUGGGAGGCAGAGGCAUGCGGAUCUCUUGAGUUCCAGGCUAGCCUGGUCCACGUAGCAGAGUUCCAGGCCAGCUGGGGCUACAGGGAGACCCUGUCUCAAAAGAAAAGGAUUUAAAAUGAUACUGGGUUUUAUUCUUGGCUGGGCAGAUUCUAUUUCAUUGGAGCUCUCUGUUUAGGAAGCACUGUCACAUUCCUUUGGGCUAAAUCAGGAGAACGGCAUCUAGUUUGUGGGUGAAAUGCCACUCAGAAUUGAAUACCCCGAUCCUGUAAAUAUCCCCUAAAUAAUCAUUGUGUGUA